AGAAUGACCUCCUGGGGGGUGAAACUUUCGAAGCUCUGAGAGCUGUAAUUGCUGAAACUUCUGGGCCUAAUUGCUUUGUGGUUCUCUUGAGUGAUGGCACUCAGUCGUCUUACUCAGUGUAUGAGGCCAUGAGGCAGCUUCGUGCACCUUGGGGAUUUGGGACGUUUGAAGCAGAGUCCUCUGGUGGGAGCUUCCGCAAUGAUUCGACAGCUGGACAGGUCAAUGAGGACCUGUUCGCCGUCAUCAACGAGGCUCGGAAGCUCCGGAGGACAUCUUGGUGCCUGACAGCAGCGGUCAUGAGUAACUCGUUGCCGUUCCUGAGGGAAUUCGGCGACGCCUCGCUCAGGGGGAGGCUCCUCAUCUGGCCGACGAGGUUGCUCGUCGUUUCCACCAUUCCCAAUCAUCAUCUGAGGGACCUCUUCGCCUCUUACUGGACCUACUCCAUGAUGAACGCCAUGGUGCUCACGACGCAGAAGAAAAAGUACGACAUCUUCUCCCAUUUGCCUCAUACUAACUCAGGUGAGCACUUCGUCCGAAUUGCUUCGUGGUCUCGUGGCGACGGCUUGGUCUUCAUGAAGAAGUCGAAAUUGUUUCCUGUAAAGUUUUCGAACUUCUACGGAGGUCAGGUCAACGUGACGGCGCUGCCCUUUGCCCCACACUGGCAGGUGACAAAGAGAACGACUCCAGAAGGAGAGCCGGUCGAAGUCCUCUCUGGCACCGACUACCUGAUGCUGGACGCCAUCUCCCACGGGCUCAAUUUCAGCUACUACGUCAUCCCGACCGCCAACUGGGAUGAGGUGACGAAGAAAGUCGAGGAACGCGAAUCUUUCAUAGCAACCGUUAUUUACGCCCUGCUGCCCAACAGACUCCUUCAGUACGACUACACGUACGCCUUCGAAUUCGCUUCGCCCACUUUCUGCAUGAGGAAACCAGUGUUGGAACCCCAGUGGCAGAGCCUUUACAGGCCUCUGACAGACACUGUCUGGAUCUUAAGCCUGGUUGUGAUCAUUCUCUUGCCAGUGACUAUUUACUGGAUGAUCAACUUCGAGGAGACCAAGAAACCAGAGAAGGGCGAGAAGAAGAAGAUACUGUUUGUCGACGUCUUCCAAGGCGCGUUGGGAGUUCUCUUGGGUCAGAAUUACUCCAUGGACCACUCGACGUCCGCCAGUUCGAGAAUUCUCGUUAGUUGCUGGUUAGUCUUCGCUUUCAUACUGGGUUCGGCCUACAGGGGCAAUCUCACUGCCUUCCUUACCCUGCCCAAGUACCCUGCGAGAGCUGAGACGCUUGAACAGCUGAUCACCGUCGUUGACAAAGUAACGAUGCCGCCUUACGGGGAAGCUUUCCGGUCGUUCUACAGCAGAUCCGACUCUGUCGUUUUCCAGACUUUGGCCAGCAUGUGGGAGACGGUAACUUCCGGGAAAGAAGGUCUUACUGACGCUUCCAGGCGAAAACAAGCUCACAUAGAUGUCCGGAGGUACCUGGAACUCGCCAUUGCUGAACAGUUCACGAAAGCGGACGGGUCGACGCACCUGUACCUAGGGAGGGAAAACGUUUUCCCUGGUCUGUCUGGGUGGCCAAUUCCGCACGACGCCCCUUUUAAGGAAAACAUCGACAGGUCAAUCAUGGCCGUCAAGGAGGCUGGUCUGUACGAAAAAUGGAGCUCCGACUUCAUGACCCAGGCCCGGAAGGAGAGUCUGGAGAGGCAGCGGCAGAACGCAGCCGAAGGGAAGUCGCCCGAAGAAGUCGCUGACGAAGCGGAUCAAGAGACAUCAGGCAACUCCAUAGUCGUGGCACUCACCGUCGUCCAUAUGCAAGGACCCCUGAUGCUUCUCCUUCUGGGGCUGGUGAUGGCGUCCGUCCUCUUUGCCGUUGAGAUGACCAUUUCCUGCUGCCACCGACCGGAAAUAGCAGCAGAAAAUGGCGGAUAGUGGACUGUGAAAUGGCGGUUAGUAGAAUGAGAAAAUAGCGGACAGUGAAAUGAGAAAACAGCGGAUGAGAAAAUAGCGGACAGUGGACUGCGAGAUACCGGAUAGUGGAGUGAGAGAAAAGCGGAAAGUAGAAUGAGAAAAUGGGUGAACUGGACCGUGGAAUAAAGAGAAAAGGAAGCAAAGAAAUGACGGCAAAUGUCUGAAAUUUUAAUUAAAAAGUACUGCAGUCAUGUAAACCGCUGUUUUAUUCACGGGGCGAAAUUGCCAUUAAAAUCCAUGGAAAUCUUGAAUACAUGAUAUAGCUACGCUUAUGAUAAUAAUAAUUAUAAUUUAUUAAAAGUAA